AUGGUAAGUUUUUCAGCAAAGUCUGUUUGGGAGGCUUGUCGGCACAGGAAUUCCUUUCAACCAUGGUAUUCUGUUGUGUGGUCUAGUCAGGGAAUGCCUCGAUGGAGCUUCAUUAUGUGGUUGGCUGUAUUGGGAAUACUGUCUACUAAGGAUAGGUUGGUUAAUUGGGGGCUGGUGGUUCCCCCUCUCUGUUCUUUUUGUUUGACUGAUACGGAAUCGCAUAGUUAUCUCUUCUUUGACUGUCAAUUUUCUUCUUUGGUCUGGAAGCAAGUCUUGACUAGGAAUGGGAUUGCUAGGCCUAUUGAGCCAUUAGCCCAGGAGUUGGAUUGGGCAGUCCAUCACAGGAAAGGGAAAAACUUACGUGACUCUUUGUAUAAACUCUCUUUGGCCGCAUCCAUUUAUACUCUUUGGGGCAAGCGCAACAUGAGGAUAUUUCAAGGUAAAUCCAGGAAUGAAGGUGCGAUUGCUCUGGAUAUUUUUAAUUCUGUCCGAACUAAGGUCAUUUUCAGUUUUGGCUUUGGGGUGUUGGUCAUUGUUUGGCCCUUUGAUGCAUUGGUUGUAUUGGUUACUAGGGGGAUGCCCCUUUGA